GAAUAGACGGCACUCUACGCUACUUCGAGCGUCUCAUUGCGUAUAUUCCGCGCCGUCUGUAGGCCAGCCCUAACAUUCACCCUGCGCGUAUCGAUCGUCUGUCGUUUCAUCCCCGUCACAUGAUCGACCCUUAACCGAGAGUGCAUGGCGGCACAGAGCCUUCUGCGAUUUUGACCAUCGUUCCUGGGGUGCGUUAAGUGAAUCGAGUGUGCCAUGGCCGGUCAGACCAUCAACGAUAGGCUGCUGGCGGCCAAGCAUAGCCUCGCGGGUCAAGGAUUGGCCAAGUCAGUGUGCAAGGCCACCACAGAGGAAAUAUUAGGUCCCAAGAAAAAGCACUUGGACUAUUUGGUACAUUGCACCAAUGAACCUAACGUGUCCAUUCCUCAGCUGGCAAAUUUACUCAUGGAGAGGUCUCAGAACACCAGUUGGGUUGUGGUUUACAAAGCUCUGAUAACCACACAUCAUCUCAUGUGCUAUGGAAAUGAAAGGUUCACCCAAUAUUUGGCCUCCAGCAACGUGUCCUUCCAACUGUCCAACUUCGUGGACAAAACGGGCGUCCAAAGCGCCGUAGGUGCUCGAACGGGUUACGACAUGUCUCCGUUCAUCAGGAGAUACGCCAAGUACCUUAACGAAAAAGCGUUGUCUUACCGAGCAGUCGCAUUUGACUUCUGCAAAGUCAAACGUGGUAAAGAAGAGGGAACUUUAAGAACGAUGAACACCGAAAAUCUCCUCAAGACGCUGCCCAUCCUCCAAAACCAACUUGACGCUUUGUUGGAGUUCGAUUGCUCUGUUAGCGAUCUGAUGAACGGAGUUAUCAAUAUGUGUUUCAUGCUGUUGUUCAGGGAUUUGAUCAGAUUGUUCGCCUGUUAUAACGACGGAGUCAUCAAUUUGUUGGAGAAGUAUUUUGAGAUGAACAAGAAGCAGUGUAGGGAAGCUUUGGACCUGUAUAAGAAGUUCCUCAUUCGUAUGGAUAGGGUAGCCGAGUUUCUUAAAGUCGCUGAAAAUAUAGGCAUCGACAAAGGGGACAUACCGGAUCUGACUCGCGCCCCGAACAGUCUCCUAGACGCCCUAGAAGCCCACUUAGCGUCCCUGGAAGGCAACACCCCCACCACAACUUCCAAUCAAAAGAGUUUGAAGUCGGGAGUCUCCGCUCUUUCACAUACCAGCAACUCUUUCGGUGGCGCUGUCGACGACACUUUCAAACAGGCGGCCUUGGCGGAAGAAGAACAAAUGAUGAACAAUUUCAAAGCGAGCGUCGCGUCACCGGUAGGCGGAGCUGCGACGAACCCCUUCCUAAGCGACGAUGAAGCGCCGGCACCGCCUCCCCAGACCAAAGCCGAGCAAAUACUCGAUCUGUUCGGGGACGGAGGGGGGAUGACGCAGACCCAACAGCAACCGUCACAACCAACGAACGCGUUGGAUGACCUCCUUUCACUUGGGAUGAAUCCCUUCGCGGAUUUCGGUGCCACCGUACAGGGCGGUGCCCCUGCUGCUCCGCAAGCCAAUGGAACCGACUUCUUCGCUUCAACGAACGCCCCACCCAUGGAUGCCAGCCAAUCACAGCAGAGCAACAUGUGGAUGGGCGGAGACUUUACGCAGCAGGCUCAAACUGGUUUUCCGCAGACGGUCGGCAACGGUGGAGCGAAUAUGGGCAAUCUUUUCGCAGGCCAGCCAGAGCAAUCUGUAUUCGAUCCAAUGGGAGGCAAACCUCCGAUGCAACAAACUGUCCAACCUCAACCUCAAGCACAGCCCACCCGACCUCCUCAACCUGCCAAGAUCCUCACCGGAGAUCUGGAGAGCAGUCUGACCUCGCUUGUAGAAAAUUUGACAAUGGAUUCUGGAAAUAAAGGCCAGCAAUGGAAUUCGCCUAAGAAAAUGUCAACAGGAGGUGGGAUGCAAGGUGCGUACAAGCCUCCAACUCAACAAAUGGUUGGACAACAACCCAUGAUGGUACCCGGCCAACCAAUGCAAGGUCAGCCCAUGAUGGGCAUAUCCCGAGAAUUCGAACAACCUUUCACAGGCAGCCCUAAAAUCGCCCAAGCAGCCCCUCCGAACCAAGAAGUCACCUUCGAUCCUUUCGGUGCUCUAUAGUGAUACUUUCAUCGAGUCGAAAAAAGAUAUACACUUUACGCGCAUGCAUGUCAUUUGUGUUGAUAGCUUAUCCUAACAUAAACAGAUACAAAUAUGGUUCUUUGAUGUCUCCUAAAUCUCCCAAAUCAAAAAUAGGGUAACCAUUGAUUAACUAAGAUGGAGAUGGCCUACCGGAUAUUGUAAUCCAGGGUCCAAAAAAGGAUCUGAGAGAGCCGAACACGUAUACAAACUUAGGGGACGUAGAACCUGGGGUACCUGGAUCCCUAAUAGGAAAUAUGUUCUACGCCACUGACAUUUUUAGAGAUAAGAAGUGCAUUUUAUAAAACACCAUUAAAUUUUCCAUAAUUUUUGUCUUUUAAAGAAUUUUAGUUAGAUGACUCGUUCUGGAGAUCUUUCGUUUUGAAUAUUUGAGGUACAAUCCUAAAACACUCUCAUAUACAGGGUGUCCGCAAAGUUGGGGUUUUCCUUUUCAGAAACAACUACCCUUGAAAUAGCAAAGGUAAUGUGUAGUGAUACGAGGGCGACCAAGUAAAAAAAAAUAAAGGAAAAAGUACUCACUCUCCAGUCGACGAGAAGGGCUAAGUACGUCUCUGCCCGAAAUCAUACCGCUCCAACAGAAAAUGAAAUCAGCUGAUGCGCUACCGAGCAGACGCAGAAACCACAUCGAUUGUCUUACACCUAAUGGCACAUCUUCUAACAAGGAAGGCAAAAUGUUGCGUAAAAAGUCUAGGUAUUGCAUCCCGUCUAAUCGAUUUGGGAGAAUAAAUGGUCCAAUGAGCAUACCGUUCACCAUGCCAGCCCAAACAUUCACCGAAAAUGUUUGUUGAAAAUGUGCCCGACGGACAGCGUGCGGAUUUUCUACUGACCAAACAUGAGUGUUGCGAAAGUUAUUCACCCCAUUACGCGUAAACGUAGAUUCGUCUGUCACCAAUAUGCACUUCAAAAAGUCCAGAUUAUUGUCAUGUUGAUGCAACAACCACUCACAAAACCGCACUCUUGCUGGAAAAUCGUCAGGUUGAAGGGCUUGUACACGUUGGACGUGAAACGGAUACAGCCCCUCUUCACGCAGCGUUUGCCACACUUUAGUUUUUGAUACUUGCACUUCUCUAGCCACGUCUCUAGUGCUUGUUGAGCGAUUCUCGUCUACGCGAUUACCUCUACACACGUGACCGUAACCGUCGGUUGAAGGUUGCAUACUGACCUGACACACUGACCCCGACCCAGUUCUGUCGUCGGGUUGAGCCAGUGACCUUGUACCAGUCGGUGAUGUCGCGGCUACAGGGCGGUAUUCAGAUAUUUUUGAUGUUGCAGAGCCCUUUAUCCCGGUUCCCUUAAGACAUUGGUGUAUAUGGUACUAAGAAAAAUUGCUUAUGUUUUCAAGAUCUACACGUCGUGUAAAGGAAAACUACAACUUUGCGGACACCCUGUAUAUUUAAAAUUUAGUAAAUAAAACUUCAGUUCAGCAUCCUUGGACCCACAUUUACGAAUACUUUUCGGUUUGGUUUGGUUGUUCUUUCUGCAACACUCUUUAUAGGAGUCUACCUUCAAAAGUGCUUGUUGCUACUAUCUCAUAGGAGGUGCUGGCAUCUUCAAUCCCCUUUUCGCGCCAUUUUGAGUGUCGUAUUCAACCGGAUCAGAAUAAAGUUGCGCGUAUAAAAGUCCUCGACGAGUUGUGACAUCACUGAACCCAAAAUAAUUUUCUUCGAUAAUAAAAUCCUAUUCGCAUUAGUAUAUCUUGGACGUAUUUGUGGUAUAGAUGAACCAAUUAUUUGUCGAAGAAACGAAUCACGAAACUGGAUUAACAGAAAACGUAUACUUUGUAGUAAAAAGCGUUACUGACGUUUCGGUUGCUUCUUUGUGAAGUACCACAUAUCCCACAUUCGCGAAGUACUUCUUUGGUAUAUGCUUAGAUAAAACUAAAGAUUUCGUGAUUGCAUAAAUGAGUGAGAUGUUAGUAUUACAGCUUGUAGGGUUAUAUACAGGGUGAACUUUGUGAAACCUGCAAUGGCACAAGGAAUUCAAACCAGGAUGAUUCAGGAUGAAAGUGGACUUGACAUAAGUCAGUUUUUUGACAGUCCUGUCAUGAAAGUCGCUGUCACUUUGACUGGCAAUGAUAGUCAAAUGGAACAAAAGUGUGCACUAAGUAUACGCGAUGUCGGCGACAAUCCUUUUGAAUUCAAAUUGGUUUUUAAUUGUCAGGUUUUCUAAAGAGUGAAUGUAAACAUCCUACAAGGAUAGCAUAGCAUAGAGAAAUUAUAAAAAGUAAGAUGGAUAUUGAAAAAAAGAUACGAUUAGUGUAAUAAUAGUUUCAGUAUACAACAAAAACGUGAAUUUCAAAUAUAUGUAAUGUACAAAAACAUUAUAGAUAUUAUGUACAAAAUAAUCAUUAGGUAGCUGUGUACAUCCUAGGAAAAGAGAUUCGAAGGAAUAUUUAGGUGUAAGACUGUACCCUUGACAAAUAAAAGAGAUGUUAUGUAUAUGGUAAACGUUAUACCACUGUACUUUACAUAUUCCCCGACAGUAGGGAGUUGCAAGUAUAGCGGACCCUCAAGGGAGUAUCUUGUUAUUUUUGUCUUCUGGAUAACUCAUCAGAUUUCGCAUAAUAUAUUUAUCAGUUUUGUUAUUGAGAUACUUAUUUUGGCGGUGAAUAAAUGCUAAUGAAAAAGC